AUGGCAGGCUCCCCCAUUUUCACAGCAAUGUCAACAUCUGCUAGGCAAUUGCACCUGUUGCUUCGGUGCAUUGCUUUUUCGCAGCGUGCGGAAGUGCAGAUCACCCGACAAGGGAUCAAAUUUUCCGUCGAGGAAGCGCGAGUCGUUCAAGGCCUGACCUUUCUUGACAAAGCACUGUUCUCAUCGUAUAAUCUGAGGCUUAACGAGGAGGACCAUUCGUUGCCCACAUUUUCAGUCUCAAUUGUUGCCCUCCUUGAAACACUCCAGAUCUUUGGGAUCGCCGAAGCCACUUCCUCGGUUCGCAAUCCCUAUGGUGGAUUUUCAUCCUCGUUUGGGAACGCUUUCAACACUCCGGCUCUGGCGCUCGGAGGAACAUGCCGGAUUUCGUAUCAAGAGCCUGGUGCACCGCUCACCAUCAAAAUUCAAGAAGGAUCGGUCACCACAACGUGUGAGAUGAACACGUACGUGGCUCAUGACGACUAUGGAGACGAUGGUGGUAUUCCCCUUGACCGGAACGCGCUGUGUUUGAAAGCAAUUAUGCGGAGUGCUUGGCUAAAUGAUGCCAUUGGAGAACUCUCGGGCACCAAUCCAACUGUUCUUGUAAUCAAUGCUUCGAGUCGCUCUGCCCCUUUUUUCUCAUUGGAGGGCGAAGGAGGGCCGUUUGGUGAUAGCACUGUGGACUUUAUGCCCGAAUCGAAGAACGAUCCCACCCCCAGCGGACCUAAAUCAAAGAAGCAACCCCUGGUCACAGAAACAUUUUCGGUCAUUCCACCAUCUAGAAGCCACGGCCGGAUUUGCCAGAAAUACAAGUUCGACAUGAUCAAGAGAGCAGGACGGGCUAUGGCCUUGGCCAGUAAAGUCAGCAUUCGUCAAGAUCAACAGGGAGUACUUAGCUUGCAGUUCAUGAUUGACUUGGGUGAUGGUGCCAACGUUGGCCCACGUCGAGAUGACAGUGUGUCCGUCAAUGCACCGCCUACCCCCGGCAGUGUCGCCUUUGUCGAUUUUAGAUUUGUCCCGCUCCUGGAUGAUGAGGAGACUGAAAGCAAUGCUGAGCUUGAAGACGAGACAUCCGAGGACCUGGACCUGGAGCCAAAUAACGAGAGCCCCUAG